GGCUGCGCCUCCCGAAGGUGGCACGCGCACAAAAAUAGCGCGAAAGUAGGUUGAAUUCCGUUUAGGUGCACCUUCGAGGUAUUUCUGGGCUUCCGGGUGGAGACGGAAGGAAAUUCAUUUUGCAAAGCGCACGCGAAACCAGGUGGUGUGCCUGGCGAGGAGCAAGAGAGAACAGUUUGCCGUGACGAGCGGAAGCGUUGGGAUGACGAGCGCGCGCGAUGAGUGAUCCAAAGACGCCCUCGAGGCGUGAAAUAUUCCCCCGGACGACCCGGAAGCCAGAUACAUCGCGAAGUUUUACACCAAAAAUCCCAUCAAUUCGUGUAAUUAAAUCCCACAAUGUGGCAAAACGCCGCCCCGAGAGCCCAUUGGAGUCAUCAUCGGACGAUGGGGAGGAAGAAGUUCCCCUGAGGAGGCGGAAGGAACUCCCAGCUGGACUUUUCUGUACGGGAUUCUCCGAUUCCACAUGCCAGUGCAAUAAUCUCGAAACACUCCCUGUGCGCACAAAACUCCCUGGUGAGUCACGACGAUGUAUCUCCACGGAGAGACUCAAUGAGCUGCGAAAGCGUGCCCAGGAAGCCCAGAGAAAUCAUCGUGUCUUCACAAUUCGCGGGUGCUUCUACACCGUACGUAAGGCACUCCUGCAGCGUGGUUGGGUGGAGAAACUCGAUGUUCAUCGACGUGCUUCUAUGCCGUGCAACAUAACAAUUGAAGAUAUGCUCCAUCAGCUUCCAUCACGUCGUGCUGGUGAAUCCCGCAGGCAAUAUCUCAUCAAAUGUGAGAGGAAUAUCUUGUCGAGAUUCCUCGAAUAUACACCAGUGGAUUUCCUUUGGACUGCCCGCAAGGAAAAAGCAGAUUGGAUCGAUAUGGCACGCAAUCCUGCUCUUUUGAUCAAUAAAUUCCACAAAGUUCCCUUCACCACAAAGGAGGGUCUCUGCUCAAGCCUUCGGGAUUUUCACUGGUUCUACGAGGAUGGCAUUGCCGAGACAUACUACCCAAGGUGCUUCAAUGUAUGGAAUCCCGAUGAGUUGAAUGAUUUUAUCGAUGAUUUCCGCCUCACGGGCUGCAUGGGGCUACUCAAGUGGCUUGCUCAGACCUACAGGGAGCAGGGUCUACCAGCUGUAGCCUCAUCCACGGGUACUGUCCCCAUAACAUGUGUUCACUUUGCCGUAAAACGUUGUCGGGAAUUUGUGGACUUUUGCCAACAUCGCGACAUUGAUUGCCCGGAUGAGAAUUUAAAAAUUUGGGAACACGACUGGGAUGUCUUUCUCACGCAUCACUACCUCGUGACACAUGAGAAUGCCAAGCUUCUGGACACCGAAGGUGAUCCAGUUGAUUCCUACAUUUCACUCGUGGAGAAACUCCUCAGGGAUGUUGAGCAUUUCUGGCCACAAUAUGGGGCAGAUGGGUUUCGGAAUAUUUGGAUUGUUAAGCCAGGCAAUCGUUGUCGUGGUCGUGGAAUUCUCCUCAUGAAUAACAUUAAAAAAAUCAUCUCACUCGUGAAUCCUCCGACAAUCACUAAGACACGCUACGUUGUACAGAAGUACAUGGAACGACCCCUAACCAUCCACAACACAAAAUUCGACAUCAGGCAGUGGUUUCUCAUUACCAGUGUUCAACCCCUUGUGAUUUGGAUGUACAAGGAGAGUUACCUGCGUUUCAGCUCUCAGGAGUACAAUCUUCUCAACUACCACGAAUCCGUGCACCUCACAAAUCACGCAAUACAGAAGAAGUACGUCAAUGGGCAUCGUGAUGAGAGACUUCCGCAGGAGAAUAUGUGGGAUUGCCACACAUUCCAAGCCUAUUUGCGAAUGAUUGGGAAACUCGAAUUGUGGGAGGAGAGAAUCUAUCCGGGAAUGCAGAGGGCCAUCAUUGGAUCAAUGCUGGCAUCGCAGGACAAUAUGGAUCGCAGACCCAAUACAUUUGAACUAUUUGGAGCGGAUUUUAUGGUCUCCGAAGAUUUCUAUCCAUGGCUCAUUGAGAUAAAUUCCUCCCCAGAUUUAGGAUCAACAACUAGUGUCACAGCACGAUUGUGCCCGCAGUGCUUGGAAGAUACGGUCAAAGUGAUCAUCGAUCGAAGAAAUGAUGCAAAAGCUGAUACUGGAGCAUUUGAACUAAUCUACCGCCAAACAAUCCCACCAGCACCUGCCUAUAUGGGUUUGAAUCUCUUCCUAAAGGGUCAACAACUCCUCACUAAAGGAACCUCCUCGAGACGCCAACCAGAGUCAUCGAAACUUCGUGAAGAUUUGCGAAUCAUCCCUCGUCCCAUUCGUACACCAAAUCCCCAACCAGCAGCCAAUUCUGGGAUUGUUACCACUCAGGGACCCUUUAUUAUGGAUCUAAUGGAUUGUCUCAAUCUUAAACCCCAUCAGCAGGUAGCGCCGAAAACAAGAAAAACAUCCCCAUCGGCAAUCCUAAAGAAAACUUCCAAGACCAGCCGUGGCACUCAAUCAUCCAGUACGCGAGUUAACAGCAACCGGAAGGCACCACAAGCUGAACAAAAACCACCCAAAAUUGACUCUCAACGUCGUCAUGCAAGCUGUGGCCCACGCAUUGUGGUUGUGCAGGAAGAACAACCCCCUACGGACAACACGAAGGGAACCCCGAAAGAAAUUGCCUGCAUUGGAAAUCGCUAUUGCCCCGAAAAAUUGGAAUCAACCUCCACUCCUACAUCUUCACGACCACCAAUCCAGGAGAGUACCAUCUUCAAGUCAAAGAGCGCCAGCAAUAUCUUCACCAAACUCAAAAGCACCUCCUCAGUGAAUCAAAAGUUAUUAAGCGGUGGGAAUCUCUCACCAUACCGCAAUCUGACGAAAUCCUCGACGCUGGGAAAGCGCGAUGAUGAUAACUACUGCUCCCACUUCUUUGCCGUGGGACUCAGCUUACGCGCCUGGCGAGCCAAAUACAACAAAAUCUUCAAUUCACAGAAGGAAAACCUACCGACGCCACUUAUAAAGAGCUGCAGUCCCAAACCCCAUGGAAGUAACCAUCCCAAAGUCAUACCACAAGUUCCGGAUUUGAAAGUUCAGGAGUAAAAGAGACAUUCCUGGCCACUCGUAUAUGGCGCAUAGAGACGCAUUUAAUUUUUUUUAAAAGUUUUAUCAAAUCUCAUAUUAGAAUUAUCAUGCCAAUAUGUUAUAUUUUGUCGCAAUUUGAUAAAUCGAUGCAGAAGUCUCUCAAUCUUCUUCAAUAUCGCAACAUAAACACCCACAAUUUCGCUCCUCGCUGUAGUAAAUACACUACCCGCCAAAAGUUUCCAAACAAGCAAACAUGGCGUAUUUAGGACACGAAUUUUUAACCUCAAAGACCUCAAACCUUGAGCUUAAUUUUCUAUUGUAAAGAAAACAUUUUUUUCCGGAUUUUCUUUUGACGAACUUGUAAAAUGAAGUGGCCUACACAAUGUGUCGGAAAAGCAGAACAAGAGAUAUGGCUCUUAGAACUUUUUGAAUUCAAGAAAGAU